AUGUAUAGGUCGGAUCUUUUGAGGUUUAUCCGAAAUCAAGGUUUAUAUUAUACUUGCCUCAUGUACAAUAUAUAGGUCUUUUCAGAUAUUUUUACCAAUAGACUGACGUGGAACUCGUUUUGUUUUUAUUUUUUGACCUGUUUCGAGAGGUUCCGGUCACUUCCGCGAAACGAUUUUGUUCUUGUUAUAUUGUACAUGAAAAAAUUUCGAUUCUGAGUCUAUUUGGAAGUAUAAUGUUAAACUUUUGAUGUGAAUAGCCACUUCAGAGUAACUAAAUCUUUUUUCAGAAUGUCACUCUCAACCGGGUGGCUUAUAUUCCUGUCAGUGACGAGUUUCGUCCAUUCCCAGCAACAUGUCCCGAAUCCAAAUCAGAUGUACCGUCGGUUCGAGUAUAAGCACUCAUUCCGAGCACCGAAUCUAGCACAACGAGAUGGGACGAUUCCUUUUUGGGUAGUUACGGGUGAUGCUAUCGCUUCGUCGGAACAACUUCGGUUGGCUCCAUCAAUGAGGUCGAGGAAAGGAAUCGCCUGGAAUAAGCGAGCUUACACUGAAGCCGAGAACUUCGAAGUCGAUGUGGCUUUCAAGAUUACUGGACAGAGAAUCGGUGCUGAUGGUUUGGCCGUCUGGUAAAUAUUUUUUCAUUUUUUAUUUUUGUUUUUAGUACCACCCUAUGGAUAACAUCAAAAGUCCUCGCGAACGUUAUUUUAUGGCCAUAUUUGUAGGUACACAGCUAGUCAGGGAACGCUAGGACCUGUUUUCGGCGCGAACGACCAUUGGAAUGGCUUGGCGAUCAUGUUUGAUUCCUUUGAUAAUGAUGGAAGAAAAGAUAAUCCAUAUGUCUCAGUGAUGGUGAAUGACGGAACCAAGGCUUACAACCAUCACAACGACGGUUCUGAUCAAAUUUUGGGAGGUAAGCGAGAGUUACUUUUGUUUGUUGACUUUUAGGAUCGAACGUAUUUGAUACCUAAAAUGUGGUGAAUGUCCCGUUCUGAAAAUUUUUAUUGUUGCAGGAUGUCAACGAGACUUCCGUAAUAAGCCCUACCCAGUCCGAGUUCGCAUCCAAUACCUCAACAACAUCCUCACUGUCGAUCUUUCCGACGGUUUGACUCCUCAACCGCGAUAUGAGACUUGUCUUCGUGCCGAGAAUGUUUUCCUCCCUGCUCGAGGUUUCUUCGGAGUGUCCGCUGCCACUGGUGGUCUGGCCGAUGAUCAUGAUGUUGUCGACUUCAGCGUCUACUCUUUGGCCACUCAUGCGCAACGCGAAGCCAGCCGCGCCAUUCCUCAAGAUGAGCGGCAAAAGUAUGACGCCGAAUUCGAAAAACAGAUGCACGAAUUCGAAGAGGAGAAGAAAAAGUUCAAGGAACAGCAUCCCGAUAAGGUCCAUGAGGACGAGGAUGACCCAGGAAAGUAUUACGAAGAUGCGGAGACCAAGCAACUGAGGCUAAUUCACGAAAGUCAGAGUGCCAUCUACAGGAUCAUGGAGAAGAUGGAAAAAACGUUGAAUGAAGUCCAUCAGAGGACUGGUGCUAUUGGCACAGUGCAGCAGGGAGGUCAAGCUGGACAGGUUGUUCAAACUGGAGGUAAGAGGGAGUUCAGGAGAAUGAAAAAUAGUUGAUUUUUGAGAAAAAAUUACUCUGUUUUGAUGAUUUUUAGCAUUUUUUUGGCUCUAAUUUUUUUUUGUGACUAGGAAAACCCUUGACCGUAUUUUACCUUUUCAAAUUCUUUCCAGGCCUACAACAACACGAGAAAAACGAAAUAAUCCAAUCUCUCCGCGACCACACCAACCAGCUCCGAGACAUGAAGAACUACAUAAAUGAGAUCUUCACUCGUUCCUACAAUAUCGAGCAAAAGCUGGGUGGCGGAGUCCCCGUCCAAACCGGCAACGCUCCAGUCGCAGCCCAAGGCAUCGACCCUCAGGUCCGCCAAUACCUCGAAAAUAUCCAGUCGGAAGUCCGAUUGGUCCGUCAAAAUCAAGCCAAUGCCCCUGGCGGACAUCAAGCAGGCACCACUCAGGCCGUCUGUGAGAGCAAUGGACCCAGCUCGACCUUCUUUUUGCUUGUGAUACUCAUACAGACUGGAGUUAUCCUCGCUUUCACUUAUAUGAGGUAGGCUUUGGGAUUUUUUAGAUUUUUAGGUCAUUUUUUGGUUUUUUGAAACGAUUUUUGAGGAGAGUUUGGUUGAAUUUUGUAAUUAAUGGAAUAAUAAUUUCAGAAGCAAACCCGAUAAGGCCAAAUUCUACUGA